UGUUUUUGAAUUGAGAGCACAAAGCCGUCGAGCUGGAAAAUCCGCUGGAACACACCCGCUUGCAGACACUGGCGAAUGUCCAUACCUGACAGGAUUUCAGUGCGUUUUACUUCACCUGCGGACUGAACUCCAGAAGCGGAAAAAAUGAGUAAAAUCUCAAAGUUAUUCAAGGGGAGCUCCGGUUCGAGUUCGUCGAGCUCGUCCAAGUCCAAACACCACCACCACCGCGGAGGAAGGGGGGCACCGACCCCCCAGGAGGCCAUCCACAGACUGCGGGAAACGGAAGAAAUGCUCACAAAGAAACAAGAAUACCUGGAGAGAAGGAUAGAGCAAGAAAUAACUGUAGCCAAGAAACACGGGACGAAAAACAAGAGGGCUGCCCUUCAGGCUUUGAAGAGGAAGAAGCGCUUGGAACAGCAGCUCACACAGAUCGAUGGCACUUUGUCCACCAUUGAGUUUCAGAGAGAAGCACUGGAGAACUCACACACCAACACUGAGGUCCUGAAGAAUAUGGGCUAUGCAGCCAAGGCCAUGAAACAAGUCCACGAGAACAUGGACCUUGGCAAAAUCGAUGACCUGAUGCAAGACAUCACAGAGCAACAAGACGUGGCCCAGGAGAUCAACGACGCCAUAUCCAGGCCUUUUGGUGAAGUAUUUGAUGAGGAUGAGCUGCUUGCUGAGCUGGAGGAGCUGGAACAGGAGGAUCUAGAGAACAGUAUGAAGCGUAUGGGCGGGCUGCCCAGUGUGCCCUCCUCCAAACUGCCUUCAGCACGGCCCAGCCAGCGUGCAUCAUCCAAGAAGAGAGUUGAAGAUGAUGAUGACAUGCGAAUGCUGUCCUCAUGGGCGACUUAACACUUUCAUAGCAUACCUGCUAAAAAUAAAGUUUUUAUUUUCUGAUAUUUUUAAGGUUUUAUAGGGAAAAUGAGAAGCAUUAAACAACCGUUUUGUAACCUCAAAUCAUCAAUGAUUAACUUUUUUGAGCGAAGGAACUUUAAUUAACUGAAUUAAUAGAAGUACAUCCAACUGUCUCUUUUGUUUUAUUUCUGCUGAUGUCUUUCUUUCCUGUAGUCCUCAUUCAUAUUUAAUCUACUCUGAAUGUACUGCUUAUAUUAGUCUAAUGAAGAAGACAGUGAGAAUAUGAAGUGAUGUUUAUACAUUUUAACAGAAUGCUUAGCUGUAAAUAGUCAGAUUUUGCAGUAAAUGUAAAUAUUUUGCUUUUGUCAGUGUCCAACAAUAAAAUGGCCAAUGGAUAUCAA